UAGUUGUUCAGAUUAAAGUAAGUACAGUAGUGUGCCUUGAUGCCCUUGACGUUUUAUCUUCUUGACCAAAAGUGGGGAGAUUCAAUAUUUAGAAACUUGUUUGACAAAGGUGAAUAGGAAAAAAAUCACGAAUCAUUAAAAAAAUCACUAUAUAUAAAGAGAUCAAGUACGAUGUACGAAGUGGAUGUCGAUUUAUGCUUCAAUGUUGUUAAAGAAGUAGUUUCCAAAGCUUCCGAGAUAGUUCUUGAAGGACAUGAGUCUAGCUUGGAGGUUAUGACAAAAACGUCAAAAUUCGACCUGGUGACGAUAUACGACAAGAGGACGGAAGAAUUCCUCAUCAAAGCAUUAAAAGAUGCUUUCCCAGACCAUAAAUUCAUUGGUGAAGAAACCACGGCUAAUAAUAAACUCACCGAAGAGCCUACAUGGAUUAUCGACCCGAUUGACGGGACGACCAACUACAUACACGGGUAUCCGCAUAUAGGAAUUUCUCUGGCGCUGGCGGUCAAUAAAGAGAUUAUUAUCGGUAUUGUGAGCAAUCCUUUGUUAAAACAGACUUUUACAGCGGUUAAAGGUCGUGGGGCGUUUUUGAACGAGAAGCAAAUCCAUGCUUCAAAAAGCACAGAGUUACAAAGUUCCUUGAUCGGACUUGAAGUCUCAGUCGGUUCUAUACCAAAAUAUACGGAAGAGUACUGCCAAAAGUACAAAAAUAUUGUCACUCAAAUACAAGGGGUGAGGUCCCUCGGGUCAGCAGAGCUCGGCUUGUGCAUGGUCGGAUGGGGUGUUUGGGACGGUUACCAUGUGAACCACCUACAAUCCUGGGAUGUGGCAGCCGGCUCUCUCAUAAUCACAGAAGCUGGUGGAUGUGUACUUGGUGUCGAUGGAGGAAAGUUUAACUGUGAAACAGGUGGAAUUAUUGCAGCUGGGACAGAGAAACUUUGUAAAUUACUUGUCGAAUUACUUAACUGUAAAUAAACUAAUCAAUUUACUUUAGUAAAUGAAAUAUAGAUUUAGAA